UACAUUACUAGAAUUCUCUCAUCAUUUCCUUUAGAUAUCAUUCUUUAGUAAUUACCGAACUUUCAAGACUUCUCUUUACAACACUUUCGUACAACUAUAAAUACACAACAUUUCACUAGCAAACUCAUUGCAAAAAGUUAAUCGAUCAGAGCCAACCAAAACAAAUAACCACACGUCCCACACAACAUUAUUUACUACGUUUUAGUUCGUAACACCAAACACGUUAAAUUGUUGAUUUGGCAAAAAUGAGAGCACUAGAAUGUUUAGUGUUAUCCCUUGCAUUAGUCCUUAUGUUACACCCAUUACAGGGGUCGGCAACCAUAUUACCAUGGGCAGACCGACCCCCUAGUUUAUUAUCAGAGCUAUGGCCGGAAAGGAUACCAGAUCCUUUCCGGAUCCUAGAGGAAAUACCCUUCUCGGCCCUUGAUAGGGACUUGGAUCCUAUCAUGUCUUCCCCUGCUAGGGUCGACUGGAAGGAGACCCCAGAAGGCCAUGUUAUAGCCAUGGACGUUCCGGGGCUAAAUAAGGAAGAUAUAAAAAUAGAAGUGGAGGAAAACCGGGUGUUACGAGUAAGCGGGGAGAGGAAGAGGGAGGAAGAGAAGAAAGGCGAUCAUUGGCAUCGUACUGAGAGGUGUUAUGGUAAGUUUUGGCGGAAGUUCCGAGUACCGGAAAAUGUUGACAUGGAUAGUGUGAAGGCUAAGCUUGAGAAUGGAGUUUUGACUAUAAAUUUGGCGAAGUUGUCACCUGACAAAAUUAAGGGGCCUAGAACGGUUAAUGUUGAAGGAGGUGACAAUGAGACUCCUAAAAUUACUUCUGGCAACCAGAAACAAGAGUUGUAAACUUGUAAUGUGGGAGCAUGAAAUUUGCUAGUAUGAUCCAAUGCUUUAAACUUGUGUAAUGGUUUGCAUGUUGUUUGUGUGUUGACAAUAAAAGUAUGUACCGGUUUCAAAUAUAGUAAAAUAAUAUAGAGCUUAUUUUUGUGUGUGUA